AUGGCCCUGGCCGCGGCGGACCAGAGCCGGGCUCCGGUGGCCUACGGGCUGCGGGCGGUACCUCGGCUGUUUGAGGAUCUCCAGAGGCCGGACUCGGAACAGCGGAAGCGCGCUCUGACCUCCCUGUGUGACCUCCUGCACGAGCCGGAGCGCCUGUACCAGACCAUCACCGCAGGUCAGGUGCAGGAGCUGAGUCUUCUAUUACGAGACCCAGAUUCUGGAGUGAGGACUCGAACUUGUGACCUGCUGCACCUGAUGUCCUCCCACGCCAUUGGACGUCAUGCGCUCCUCUCCUCCUCCUUGCUCACUCCUCUCUCGUUGCUCCUCGAUGAUCCAGACUCUCACUGCAGAAUCUCAGUCCACAGAGUCCUGAACCGCCUCAGCCUCCUGCCCUCAGGAGCUGAAGCUUUACUAAGUUUGAUCCCAAAACUGAUCCUCAAACUAAGAAAGACAGAGCAGAGAAGGGAGGAAACAAGGAAGGAGGAGUUGGUCCUGCUCUUGUCCACUCUGGCGCGGUGCUCUCACCUGGAUGCCCUACCAGCUCUGGCCUCUGACGGUGUGGCACUGCUCCGUGACAAACUCUCUCACGGAUCGGCUCAUGUGCGCAGAGAAGCGGCGGCAGCCAUGUUGGCUCUUAGUAUUCCUCUGGAGGGGAAGCGGCAGAUCUGUGCCCUAGGUGUGCUCUCUGACCUUUUGACCCUACUCCGUGACCCUGACACCGAGGUCAGAGCCAACGCGGCUGGAGUGUGUAUGAACACGUUUGUCAUCACCGCAGGUAAAGUCCAGGGUCUGGAGCUGGGUCUGAUCCCAGUCUUGUUGGACCUGGUCUCGCCCCUGGAUCUGCAGCAGACUCAGAUCCCAGAGCAGACCUUGGACCUGAAGCAGACCAUGGAGUGGACUUGGGGCCCAGAGCAGACCCUGCAGCAGGAACAGACCCUGGACUUGGAUCAGACCAUGGAGCAGGAGCAGACCCUGGGACAGACUCGGAUCCCGGAGAAGAUGUGGAUCACGGAGAAGACUCGGGUCCCAGAGCAGACUCGUGUCCCGGAGCAGACUCGGGUCCCGGAGCAGACUCGGGUCCCGGAGCAGACCCUGGACCCUGAGCAGACCCGGAGAGUAAAGGCUUUGGUCCUCUAUUGUCUCAGGGCCCUGACGGCGCUCAGCGAGGCUCCUGCUGCACGUUGCCGCCUCAUGAAACAUCGUCCAUGUCUGGAGAGGAAGAGAGACACAGACCCAGAACUGAGACAGGCCACAGAGACCCUGCUCCGGGUCAUCAGCUGGACUCCAUAAUAAACCUGUGAAACCUGUAACUGGACUGGGUUUAGUCCUGG